UCCGCCGAACCAAAGGAUUUCGGAAAUCCGGGAUUUAGAGCGAAUCGGCGGAAUUUUCCGUCUACGGAGGAUUUCGUUUGCCGUGAGAUUUGGAUUUGCAUUUUAGGCCGUUUGGCUGGAUUUCGCCCAAAUCCGGCCUUAAAUCCACAUACCAAACAGCCCCUUAGCGGGCGCUCAAAUCCCGUUUGGCAGGAUUUGGCUUAAAUCCUGUUGCCAAACAGCCCCGUGGUUUGCUUUUCCUCGUCUCCAUGUCUCCGUUCUGCUUCGGCUUCGCGUGCUUCGAUGUGAGGUACAGUUUCGAAAGAAUUGCUAAAGGAAGCUGCUUCGCCCCCUUUAUUCCUGUCGAAUUGGAAGUCACGACGGAGCUCGCCGCGACGGGCAUCGUAAUCAGUUCAACCUAAACUUUUUAGCUGAAAGCAUUGUGGUGAUGGGUGAUAAUAUGCAUAUAGAAGCUCAGGAGGAUGAAGAAGAGGAUGACCUGGACUUCAAUCCGCUUUUGAGAGGAGAAACACCUUCAGAAGCCUCUUCUAGUUUGAGUUCUGAAAAUGAAGGGCCAUGUGAUGAUGUUUGUAAACGUAUCCAAAGCUCUUCAGAUGGAAAACUCAGCUCUUCAUCUACAAGACUUGAGGAGAAGACAUAUAUCUGUAGCCAAGGAUCCUUAGAUGAGGUUGAGGAAUCUAUAAUGCAAUUUGAUGAUGCUGCUGGGAAAUCAAUCAAACAGCUACAAAUGCUGACUUAUAUUAAGGAAAUUUCUGCUGUGAAUGGAAGUGAUGGUGCUAGUGUUCCUUCAAAGAAAAAUGUGCUUGAUGUGACUUCCAAUCAAGAAAACAUCAAUGAGCAUAUUGUGCAUGAUAAUGAUGAUGCUAUUUGCAGGCGUACCAGGGCUCGACACUCACUUGCAAACUACACGCUUGAAGAACUAGAGACAUUCCUUCAAGAGUCAGAUGAUGAUGAUGACCUUCAUAAUGUUGACGAGGAAGAAGAAUACCACAAAUUUCUUGCUGCUGUUCUUUUGGAAGGAGAUGGAAAAGAGCAAGCAGGUCAAGGAGAGAGAGCUUUUGAUGAAGAUGAAGAAAAUGAUGCUGACUUUGAAGUUGAACUUGAAGAAGCGCUUGAGAGUGAUGUUGAGGAAGCCACUGGCUGUAGCACAGAACAUAGCGGAAAGCAAUAUGGAGAGGCAUAUGUUCCAGAGACCAGACAAAAGAAACGACUAAAGGAGUUUGCAAAAAGCAAGAAGUUUCUGUUGGGACAAUCUUCUAAGGCUACAUUACGUCCUAUAUUGCCAUAUGUGUCCGAUUUACAAAGAUCUCAUGUUCCUUCUUUUGCAUGGAAGAUGCCUUCACCUAAUUCUUUUUCUCAUUGCUCUGCAUCUGUUUCUGGUACUGAACUUAUCAAUGGGUUUACAGCUUGCCAAAUCGGACAGCUAUACUGUUUAAUACAUGAACAUGUUCAACUUCUUCUCCAAGUUUUCUCUGUUUGUGUUCUUGAUCCUUCAAGACAGCAAGUUGCCAAUGAUUUGCGGAAGUUGAUAUCAGAAAUGAUUGAAAGACAUGAAAUGUCACUGUCCUGGAGGAAGAUUCCUUAUCCUAUGUUCUGUUUUCAAUCUUCAAAUCUUCAUUCCUCGGUACAAGUUGAUUCAAAUCAAAGUGCUAGUUGUUCAUGGACACCUGUAAUUGAUAAUAACACUGUUUUGUCGAUUCUUGAUCUAGCUCCGCUUCGGCUAGCUAAGAAUUACUUGGCCGAUGUUAAAGAAACCGUAUCAAUGCACAGACAGAGUUGCUUGGAACAUGGUACUAUAAAGAGUCAUUCGUGUAAAGAGCCUCUUUUUUCCCUACCAAUUUCAGCCUCUCUAGAUAAUGCAGGCAGCAACUUUCCAGGAGAAUCCAUUUCAACACUGACAACCGUUUUACCCAGUUCAUCUUGCCCACUCCAAUCUGGUCAACAACAACCUAAGAAAUCACUGGCUGCUACGCUUGUGGAGAGUACCAUGAAACAGUCGGUUGCUCUUGUUCCUGCUGAUAUUGCUAAGUUGGCACAGAGGUUUCUUCACUUAUUUAAUGCAGCACUUUUUCCUCAUAAGCCUCCAACACCAGCUGUUGCAAAUCGUGUGCUAUUCACAGAUGCAGAAGAUGGUUUGUUAGCUAUGGGAAUAAUGGAGCACAACAAUGAUUGGUUGGCAAUACAACAGCACUUUCUUCCGUGUAAAUCUACUCAUCAGAUUUUUGUCAGACAGAAGAACCGUAGCUCUUCAAAAGCUCCUGAAAAUCCAAUAAAAAUGGUCAGGCGCAUGAAAUCCUCCCCUUUGAGAGAAGAUGAGAAAGCACUUAUCUGCGAGGGAUUAAGAUUCUUUAAGCAUGAUUGGCAAUCUGUGUGGAAAUCUUGUGUCCCCCAUAGAGAUCCAUCAAUGCUACCACGUCAAUGGCGAAUUGCUAUGGGAAUCCAAAAAUCAUAUAAGAAAACAGAAGCCGUUAAGGAGAAGAGGCGUCUAUAUGAAGCUAAAAGAAGAAGAUUGAAAGCUUGUAUGACUGAGCAAGAAACUUCAGAAAAGGAGGUCAAUUAUGGAGAUAACAGUGAGGGUGACAUGGAUUGUGAAGAUGAAGCUUAUGUGCAUGAAGCCUUUCUAGUAGAUUUGGAGUCCGGAUGCUCUAAAAACAUGGUUCACAGUGGCCAUCUUUCAUGCAUUAACAAUAGUAACAAUCAAGCUAUUCGGUUGAUGCAAUAUAGAGGUAGUGGUAAUGGUGUAAACUGUGACUCUAUUACAAAUGAUUAUGGAGAAUCACAAUUGGAAACUGGAACUAAGAAUGUGCUUUUGAAUUCUUCAAAAUUACCAAAAGAUGCAAAUUGCUUGCAUCAAUUUUCCCAGAUUGGAUAUGAUGCAUCUUACAGUAUUUCUUCAAGGCAUCUUUCUUCCGGAGGUCGUUUAUUGACAAAAUCUUAUCGAGCUCGGAAGAGAAAAGCACUCCGUAUUGUAAAGCUAGCUCCUGAUUUGCCUCCUGUGAACCUUCCCCCAUCUGGUCGUGUGAUCCCUCAGUCAGCUUUCAAAAUUUAUCAUGGCGAGUCAAUACAUUCUAAUGUAAAUGACAAGGUGCUGAAGGACCAUGUUCUUAGGGUUUCUCAUGUAGCAGAAGCAGGAGCAAGUGUGAUGAAUCUUAUAGAAAAUACAUGCAAGCUUUCAGAUAAUCAUCCAAGUAAUUCCCAUUCAGAUGGAAGCAACCUUGCAGAUCACACGAAAGAGAAUGGUUCUGAAUCUGAUGUCCAGUUUCACCCAUUACUUUUCAAGAACCCAUCUCAUUUCUCAUUUAAUUGUCAAAACACUGCUCCAAGUUCCUAUAAUUUUCUCAUUGGGUCUCAGUGCUCAAUCGACACAGUUAGUACUGCAACCCCUGACAAUUCAAGGCAAGGAUUAGGUCUUCCGACAAUUUCGAGCACUAUUGAUUUUCAUCCACUUCUUCAAAGAUGUGAGAGCAAUAGUGAUGUCCCUAUCACAUUUGAUGGGCUAUCUUCUGAUUUAGGAGCCCCGCAUGAAACUUCUGUUGUUCAGUUAGUAAAUGGUGCACCAUCUGGUUUUCAAUGUGAUGGAAUGAAUAAGAUUGACUUAAAUAUUCACUUAUCUUCUACAAUGGACAUGCAAAGGACCACUGAAGUAUGUGAUAAUCAGAAUGUUGAGCUACAUACAUCUACACCUGAGGAAAGAAUAGUCGAGAAAAUUGUACAAGCAAAUUUAAAACAUUUUGACGUUAGAGACAAAGAACUUGAGGCUUCAAGGGAAACAAAUUUAUUUGUUCAUUCAGCUUCAUUCUAUUCAAAUGAUGGAUUUGGCCCUAAAAAAAUACCUCAAAGGCAUGAUAUUUCAUGCCACCAAUGCAUAGAAGACUUUCAUGAAAUGUCUAACCCUGGAAUUAUAAUGGAGCAAGAAGAAUUGAGUGAUUCUGAAGAUGAAAGUGAAGAUGUGGUUUUUGAAUGUGAAGAUUUAGAGGACUCCGAAGAAGAAGAAUUAUGUGGCGACCCACCUAUACAAAUCCAUAAUAAGGUUCCAUGUUUCUCUAGCAAGGAUGAUGAAAACCAAGUUGCUCAAGAUCUUCAUCAACUGCAGCAAUCAAACUCAGUAUUACAUGCUUCAGUUAAGAGAGGAAAAGGCUGUAGAGGCAUUGUGUAUGUGUCUCAUGGCUUUCAACAUACAAAACUCACAAGGUCAAAGAAUGAAAAUGGUAGCACAAAAGGAGACAGGCCCUGUAGAAGUUCUCUCAUUGCUUCUGCUCCCUCUCCAACCUGUUCUAAGAAGAGAGGUGAUGAAGAAAACUUAAUAUGUCAGGAUUUAGGCGUGGGAACUGGUGAGAACAAGACUGCUGGCUCCAGAAGAUCAAAGUGUCGUUCUCCCUUGGACUAAUCGCUCAUAGGUAACUAAUUUAAUGCAACUUUUGAAAUAUUUUAUGCAUUGACAUCCGGCCAAUAUUAUGUUAGAAAAUGCACAACUGCACUCUUGCCACUUAGCGAAACUGAACUAGUAAAAAUACUAGGCAAUUUUUCUGAGCAUUCUGUUCAGAAAAAUAAGGUCUGAUUGUAUUCCCUUUCUAUGGGCUAUCUGUAGUUAUUUAGAGGCUAACUUAGGGGACUAAUUUGUAAAUAAAAUAGUGGUCUUAGGCUUCAUUUGGGACGGCUUUCUUCCUACUUCAUAAAGCAACUUUUUAGAACAAAAAUUAAAAAUGUUGUGCUAAAAUACUGCUUUAAGAAGCAGGAAGAAAGCCGUCCCAAACAAGCCUUAGUCAUGUUGCAUAUAGCCGUAGGAAUUGUAAAUUUGUUUAGGAAUGCAUUCAAUUUUCAACAGCAUAUUGUCUAGUUUUCGAUGAGCGUAAACAGUGCUUCAGAUGGAGUGGAACUUAUCGUUAACUAGUACAUUAUGUAGAAUUUUACUUUUUGGUGUUUUAUCAAUGUAAAAUCGAUGCUUUGGAUGAAUGGAAUUUAUCUUAUCGUUUCCAAUCUUUGUUA